AUAUAUUCUAAUCAACUCUGUGUGAAGUAGGCUCUUUUAACAGAGUCACGGUCGAGUGAAAGCUAAGCUGGAGAAGACAUGUGCUAACUUGACACCGGUAUUCGCUCGUCGAGUACACCUUCACGUGUGGGACGGGGCAGCACAGUAUGGUCUAGGAAACUACGCAGUGCAAUAAGGCUCAUCCGAACGCGUGAAUCUUUGAACACUCCCCGAGUUCACACAAAAUGUUCAUGAACAAUGUGAAACGACUGGGUAACGGAUAUGAAAAUGGCAACACCGGCAAUUUCAAGAGAUUUCAGAGGGAGCGGGCUUUCUUGGAAGCAGUACAGUCCGGUAAUAUGGUUGCCGUGCGCAGCAAACUACGAGAUAAAUCGAGCUUCGAUAUCAAUUGCGAAGAUCGGAAUGGCAGAAAUGCGUUGAGCCUUGCUAUAACCAACGGCCAGUUAGACAUCAUCAGGCUGCUGUUAAAACAUGAUAUAGAGAUUGGUGACGCACUGCUGCGUGCAGUCGAUGUCAACAAUGUGAACGCCGUCGAGAUCCUAUGCAAGUAUGCCGGGGCACGCAAGAAUAAGAAUUUGGACAUCAUCAACGCAUCCGCGGACAACCAAGAUUUCCCACCUGGACAGACGCCAUUGAUUCUUGCAGCACAUCGUAAUAGUUUUGACAUAUGUAAGAUUUUACUCGAGUAUGGUGCCAUCUUGGAAGAUCCGAAUACAUUGUCUGAAACACACGGACUUCAAAGAUCGCUUGGAGAGCUCCAAAUCUACAAGGCCCUAGCCAGCCAGGCAUACAUCUGUUACACGAGUAAAGAUCCGAUCAAAACAGCGUUCGAAUUGAGCUACAGGCUGCGCAACAUGAGUAAAACGGAUGUGGAGUUCGGACCGGAAUAUGACAAACUAGAAGAAGAAUGCGAAGCGUUUGCGGCUGCCUUGUUAGCGCAUACGCGCAGUGAAUACGAGAUUACGACUGUGCUAACCCAUGACCCUGAAGAAUGGGCCAAGUCAGAUACUGUGGACACUGUUAAACCCCACAAAGCAGCAUUAGCUGUGAAGUACUAUCAGAAAAAGUUUGUAGCGGAUCCAAGCUUUCAACAGCUAAUGUACAAUCGUUGGUACCGUGGUCUUCUUGGCUGGGGCAAGUGGUCUUUUAUGAAGCGAUGUUUAUUUACAAUUGCAAUAAUGUUUGUCUAUCCAUUCCUGUCGCUGUUUUACAUCAUAUAUCCGUUCAGGUCCUUGGACCAACUUUUACAUGUACCGUACGUUAAAUUUCUCAUGAGUACAGCAUCAUCACUGGCGUUUCUGAGCCUGAUUGUCCUUGUUCUUUUGCAAGUAGAGUUAUGGCCACUUGUCGGCUAUGCUGCAUUCCAACCGACGUCGUCCGUUAACCCGGCCGACGCCUUGGCAUUUCUCGAGCAGAUGGACCAGGGACGUGGACGUGCCCCAACACCAACCGAGUGCCUCAUGCUUAUAUUCGUGAUUGCUAUGGCGUGGAGGGAGUUUAAAGAAGUAUGGACCAGCGGUUUCAGAGAGUACUGUCGAGACGUAUGGAAUUUGCUGGAUAUUAUACAACUCGCUCUCUACUUCAUAUCCGCUGCAUUUUUCUUGUAUGCCAUGGUGAUAGCGUCCAUGCAGAAGCCAGACAUCGUCUUCCCUAACAACACAUCUUGGUGGAACCUGACUGUCGCUAAUAACACUUUACAAGACUUGCUGGAUACUGUAAUUCAUGACUCAGUAAUUAACAAGGAAAUUUCACCAAGCACUGUACAGCAGUUCGUGACGUCAGUGACCGAAAAAGCCAAUGCUCAGUUUUACAUUGCUGCCGACAACGACCAGACGAGAAACUCAUGGCCGGGCAACGAUCCAAACCUUAUUUCAGAAGGUCUUUUUGCAUUGGCUAAUAUUGUGAGCUUUUUACGACUGAUCAAUAUUAUGGUAAUUAACCGGCACGUUGGUCCGCUUCAGAUCUCACUGUGGGGGAUGUUCUAUGACAUUGGAAAGUUCUUGUGUAUCUUCUUUUUGAUGCUACUCGCCUUCGCUAUUGGAUUAACCCAACUUUACAAGUUCAAUGCCAGUGACGCAUCAUACGAAUGUAUGAUAGAGGACCCCGACAAGGCAUAUACAUGCACUAAUGCAUUCGAUGGACUGAUUCAAACGAUAAGGACACUCUACUGGUCACUGUUUGGCAUGAUUAAUCUUGAAACUCUACAAGUGGAAGCCAAUCACUCAUUUACUGUGACUGUUGCUGAAUCUCGUAUGGUCUCUACCACGUGCUGGCAUCAUCGUACUUCUCACGCCCUGAUUGCUAUGAUGAGUAACACAUACACGCGUGUCGAGGAGAAUGCCGACUCUGAAUGGAAAUUCCAUCGUACUAGAAUGUGGAUGGGUUAUUUUGAAAACACGGCAACACUGCCACCACCGUUCAACAUCAUACCUAGCACCAAGGCUAUUAAACAGGCUAUAUGUUGCCGGUGUUUACGAGAGAAGAAGAUUAAGCAUAACUCUGAGAUAAUAGCUGAAUUACAAGCACAGUAUGAGGACGUGGUUCGUCAAUUGACACUACGUUACAUAUCGGAUAGACGAUCCGAAGUUGACGAAGAAGGAGGACCUCAGUUGACCCAUGCAGACAUCAUGCAAUUGAAACAAGAUAUGUCAAGUUUCAGGUAUGACAUUAGUACGGGUAUCAACAAAGUGAACGACUCCAUGAAGAAGAUGCGCAUGCGAAUUAAUAAGCUAAGUCAGAAACCUGUCCCGAACUUGGACUCAAUUCCAUACAUAGAUGCAGAUGUAAAUCCAGAUGGAAAUGCUGAUCCAGUGAACCCCGCAGUGAAGACAAAGCCGAUGAAUCCUGACAGUGAGGACACCGACUCGCCCGACGAGUAUGGCGAAGAAACAGAGUACCAAUGGGAGAGCGGUAUAUGACCACGUGGUCUUAAUUGGUUGAACAAACUACCACGAUUUUGAAUUGAAUUGCAUGAUGGGAGUUAUACACGAACCCUAUGACCGCGCUCUAACCUUUGUGUGAAACGGAAAUGAUAUCGAUAAACUAAGUAAACGUCGCGACCGUCUUUCAAGAGCAAAUGCACGGAUGAGGUCUUGUGCUUGUGGUAUAAUAUCUCGUUCUCGCCUGUCACAAUGCUCAUUGUACUAACCGUGGUAUUUGAAAAAGUAAUCUAAGAAUGGAACACUAGUU